GUGUGACGUCGUCGAGUUGUUCUCAACCGCGGAACAAAUGUUGGCCAAACUCGUGUUUCACUGGGACAAUAGUGAGUAGUGGACACUUCCUUCGCCAAGCCACAGACCAACAAUAAAGUCCCAUUUAAGAGUUGCUGGUGUAACAAUAGGAAGAAUAUAUUCCACUCCUCUCUUCUACACGCGGCUUAUGAGAUGAACGCUCAUCAAGAAGAACGUCCUCUUCAACAGCAGGAGGAUCCACAGCCCCCCCACAUUAAAGAAGAAAAGGAAGCUCUCUGGGUUACUCAGGAGAAAGAGUUUGUUCCAGAGCAGGAGGAGGCGGAUCUCACCAAGUUUCCACUGACAGUUGUUUCUGUGAAGACUGAAGAGCAUGAAGACAAACCACCUGAGUCCUCACAGCUUCAUCACAGUCCAACAGGUUUCGGUGAGAAAAUUGUGGUAAAAGUCGCUUCUUACCGGAGAUCAGCUGAGCUUGUGCCGCCCAUAAAGCUGCCGUCGACUUCCCUGAGACACUGGCGUCAACUCACCCGUGGACACACCCCUCCGACUAUCAGAUGUCUGUGAAGAACAUCUUCACCCUGAGCAAAAGAAGUGGAGCUUCGGGAUGCGGAUAGAGGCGCCACAGCCCUCCCACAUUAAGAAGGAAGGGGAAUACCCACUGAUCCCCCACUUUAAAAAGGAAAAGGAGGACCCACUGACAUGCCAUUUUAAAGAGGAAACUGUGGAUCCACUGAGCCCUCACCUUAAGGAUGAAGAGGAGGACCCACUGACCCCUCACUUUAAAGAGGAAGAGGAGGAACACAGCAUCAGUCAGGAGGGUGAGCAUAUUGAUUGGUUGGAUGAGUUCCCAGUCAUUGGUGUCCCUGUGAAGAGGGAAGAUGAUGAGGUCAAAGGUGAAAGUCAGAAGAAGAGAGAGGUGGAGCCUCCAAGCAGCAGCUCAACACAACACAUGACAACAGAAGCUGAUGGAGACCACUGUGGAGGAUCACAAGCAGACAAGCUCUUAGCUCCACUAUCAGAUAGUGAGGACACAACGUCACACUCUCCUGACACUGAUGAUGAAGACUCUAAAGAUGAUAAGACAUGUCACACUGACAACACUCACUUCACAUGUUCUCACUGUGACAAAACCUUUAAAUUACCUUAUCUGAAAAGACACAUGAGAAUACACACUGGCGUAAAAACUUGUAUAUGUUCAAUAUGUGGUAAAGGUUUUGUAGAAAGUCACAAUUUGAAAGUACACAUGAGAAUACACACUGGUGAAAAACCUUUUAUCUGUUCAAUCUGUGGUAAACGUUUUGUAAUAAGUCACAAUUUGAAAGUGCACAUGACAACACACACUGGUGAAAAAACGUUUUUCUGUUCAACCUGUGGUAAAGGUUUUACACUAAGUCAAGGUUUGAAAGUACACAUGAGAACACACAAUAGUGAAAAACCUUUUUCCUGUUCAACCUGUGGUAAAGGUUUUACACACAGUCAGUGUUUAAAAAGACACAUGAGAACACACACUGGAGAAAAACCUUUUUCCUGUUUGACCUGUGGUAAAGGUUUUAAACAAAGUCAUGAUUUGAACGUACACAUGAGAACACACACUGGUGAAAAACCUUUUUCCUGUUCAACCUGUGGUAAUGGUUUUACACAAAGCCAGACUCUGAAAAGACACAAGAGAACACACACUGGUGAAAAACCCUUUUCCUGUUCAAUCUGCAACAGAAGCUUUUGUGACCGAUCAAACCUUGUAGUACACAUGAGAAAACACCCAGAAGAAAAAGUGUUGAGUUGCAGUGUGUGCGGUGAAAGAUUCUCUUAUAAAAAGCAGUGUAAGAAACACAAGUGUGCUGGUGAGAACAGCAGCAGCAAAUGAAACUGCAGGAUUUGAAAUAAGAUGUCAAGACAUUAAUUUUGACUUUCUAACAACAUUAGCACAUAUAACAUGUGUGACAUUGUUGUUUGUGCAACAAUCUUUUUAAUAUGUCCGUACAUUUAUAGAUUACAUAAUUUGAAAUAUGAAAGUAUUACAUAUUUGUAAUUCUAAUUGUUAAUAAUCCCAUAGAUUAGCACCUUUAUAUGAUAUACAUAUUUACUGGUUCACAUCUGAAACAUCUUCUGGACCACUUCAGGGAGUAUAUUAUUAUUUACUUCAGACAUCAUUUGAACAGUUGUCUUUUAUUCACUUCUCAAAUGUGUGACUUUAUGACUCUUUAGUUGGGUCGCUAUAAUAUAUUUUAUUAAUUAUCGUUAUUACUUUGUAUUAUGAUGAUUGUGUUGUGAUUUUUUUAUAUGUAUGUCCUCAGACCUCUAUGCAGUAUAAAAGUGAGAGAAAAUGGCAGAUUUUUUUUAUGGAAGGAUGGUUUUGUUUUUACAAACUUACAUUACAAGAAAUAGUAAUUAAUUAAAAAGAAUGAUAUACUGUAAUUCAAAUAUUUGGAAUAAAAGCCUUUUUAAUUUU